CUGUACGUCUAACAACAACUGAGUCGGCGCCCUGUGAAGAAUGAGCUGUAUUAUUCACCCAGACAUGUAACGUAUACGAUUAUAUUAAUCGUUUCUCGCUUUAUUAUCGGAGUUUGUCGAUACUAUAGGCUACUUUAGUCAUAGCACGAGUUCACGACCGUAUUUGUUUUAUUAUUCCGGAAAAAGCCCUUCACACAGGUAAGAAGACGAGUUUCAGUCUCGGCCAUCUCGAUGGCUCGGCUCCUGUAUAUUCUAUUCUCUCGUCAAAUAGUGUUACACUUUUUAGGUGUAUUUUCACACAUUUUAUACAGCCUACCAUUAACAUAAGUGUAUGAAGAUACAGUUUAGUCUAACACAUUCCAACCAAUUAAAGCCUAACAUAUCUCAGGUUGUGUUGUUGAAGGUGAGAAGUAAUAUGGUCAAGAAGUUUGUUUUUAGAGUGCGGAAUUCUCAGCAUUAUUUUCCAGUGACGUGAGUAAACAAAGUAAUAUGCCAUAAAAUGUAUAGGAGGAGUGACACUCAAUGGAUUUACCGCGCAUGUGUGCAAUGCAUAUUUGAAUGAAGGGGGAAAGUUUGCUCGGUUGUUAACCUCGUCAUCAGCUGUCAGUGUCAGUGGGGACAUUGGAUUAUUUAUGGUUUCUGACCAAGGAAUAGACCAGCCCUCAAUGAUGGCCUCUUUUCUACAGUAACACCAUAGUGCUAAAGCCUGUGUGUCGGGCAUUAGAAGUGGGCACUUUCUGGUGAAUGAUGUAGAAUUAUAGAAUAUGAUUAGGUUUUAUUCUAUAGUACAAAGCCAUGUCAUUGACAGUGAUUAUUGAAAUUAUACUGAGUAUUGCAAUGGCACAUCAUAUGAAUAGAGAGGUAACAGAAGAUUUGCUCAUACAACCAAUAUAUGCUCAGUGGUCAGUUUACUAGGUACAGCCAUCUAGUACCAGGUCGGACCCCCCUUUGCCUCCAGAACAGCCUGAAUUCUUCGGGGCAUGGAAACAUUACUCAAUUAGUGUCAAGGGACCUAAUGUGUGCAAGGAAAACAUUCCCCACACAAUUACACCACCGCCACCAGCCUGUACUGUUGACACCAAGCAGGAUGGGGCCAUGGACUCAUGCUGCUUAUGCCAAAUCCUGGCUCUGAAAUCAGCAUGAUGCAACAGGAACCGGGAUUCGUCGGACCAGGCAACGUUUUCCACUCCUCAAUUGUCCAGUGUUGGUGAUCACGUGCCCAAUGGACCAGCUUCUUCUUGUUUUUAGCUGAUAGGAGUGGAACCCGGUGUGGUCGUCUGCUGCAAUACCCCAUCUGUGACACGGACCAACGAGUUGUGCAUUCCGAGAUGCCGUUCUGCGCCGUUAUUUGCCUGUUUGUGGCCUGCCUGUUACCUUGCACGAUUCUUGCUAUUCUCCUUCGACCUCCCAUCAACGAGCUGUUUUCGCCCACAGACUUGCCGCUGACUGGACGGUUUUUGUUUGUCGCACCAUUCUCGGUAAACCCUAGAGGCCAGGAGGCCGGACGUUUCUGAGAUACUGGAACAGGCGCGCCUAGUCCCGACGAUCAUACCACGCUCAAAGUCACUUGGGUCACUCGUUUUGCCCAUUCUAACGUUCAAUCGAACAGUAACUGAAUACCUUGAUGCCUAUCUGCCUGCUUUAUAUAGCAAGCCACAGCCACAUGAUUCACUGUCUGUAGGAGCGAACCAUUUUCGUGUACCUAAUAAACUGGCCACUGAGUGUAUAUUGCUUGGAUGUGCAUGUCAAGUUCAGACAGUCCUAUUUGAUCUUGAGGUGGUAGUGACUAUUGGCUAAUGACUGUUUUAUUGUUAGUGGUGAGCUCUGCUCCAUGGGAAACUGGUGUCAUGUUCCCAAGAGCCUAAAUCAAGAGGUUGUUUGUGUCAAAUGACAUAGGCUAUAGGGGUACUUGGUUUGGAAGAGGUACGUUCCUUUAAAUAAUGGAUCAUAAUUACUGCUUUUCUUCUUCGUUCUCUCUGUAUUGAAUAGCAGACCUAAGGAGCUUUAUGUGACCAAUGACUAUGGAGGCCAUAUCUCUAUUCAUUGAUGGAUAUUCCUGAUCAGAAGUUGAUGCCUUGUUUCUGGAGCCCAUUGUGGUGUGUACUUUUCUGACAGUGGUCUGCUGCUGAACAGUGGGAGGAUUACAGCCUGUGACUUUAGCCUGGAUGGGUUUCUGUAGUGGAGACUGUGGCACCAAUGGGUACCAUGCUCAAGGCUUCAGGUUGGCUAGCAAUCAUACAACUGUCUGGUGUAGAAAGGGAGUGGGUAGAUUAUGAAGCAAUGUGAACUUUAGGGGGCAAGUAUACUGUUUUGGCGUUCCCUGUAUUUUCACUUUCAGUCAAUCAUAACGGACAGUCAAAUCAGUCAGGACACCCCCCUUUUAGCUGAUCUAAUACAUCUCUCUUUUCUGUCUGCCUCAUGGAUUUACCUGCCUUCACUUUUAACGAGGGUGUGCGGAAAAUGUGACUCACCUCUGCUGUUGUGGAGACACAAUGGAAACAUUGGUGAGGUGAGGUUAUUGUCUGUCAUAACCACAGUAAGUGAACAGCUGGCAGUCCUGUUUGACUUAAAAGCUCACCUGUCUAUGAGUGACUGUUCCAAUGCCACCUGCACAUGGAAGGCUAAUCUUUCAUGUUGAGCCAAGACAUUUUUCCUAGAAAGCUUUGAAUGUCACAUGAUUACACAUUGAUGUUGAGGUAUUUCCCCCGUUAAGGUCACCUUGUCAUCUUUAGAACACGCCUUAUACCAGAACUACACAUGAAAAGUUCAGUACUUAACAAUGCAACGUUGCCAACGUUACAAUGUAUAGCAUUGCAUACCACUGCUAUCAAAGCAUGUUUAGCCCGGGAUAAUGAUUGACUGAAGACAUCAAUACCACUGGGAAUUAUUUUCAAAGCAGUUUCCUCCUAGUUAUUUCCUCCAGGCAUUAGAAACCAUUGAUUAAAAUAUAUGAUUCAUGUCUUUGUUAUAUGAUAUGAAACAUUGAUUAAUAUAAUUAAACAUUAAAGGUCAAUGGAACAUUAAAUGGGUUAUACAUGUGAACAUGCCCUUUUAGGCGAUAAGUAGUUGAACAGACUUAAUAAAGCUAUCCUCUGAAAGAAGAACCAAGGAAAGGCCUACGUAGAACCAGGGGACGUGUAAAGGCAGUAGAAUUAAUCAGGGGAUGCUGUAUGGUCGCUAGUCUCACAUCCAAGGUCCCUGCCUGCCUGGCUCCUCAGCAGCCCACUGCCUUUAAUAACUACCCAUGCUGCAUCCUCAAUGAAACUCAAAGGACCCUUCCACUCCGCCACAUUCUCUGUCCAGCUCUCUCCUAUUAAACAUUUAUAGACUAUGUGCUUUUAUGCUAUGACAAAUAUGCAUACCAAAGAUUAGGAGGAAUUUUAUUUAGGCUAAUCUCUGUUUCGGCCAGGCAAGUCUAAACAUGCAUGUGCUGAUAAGGAGGCAUUCCAUCUACUCCAGUCAAGUGUUUGUUUUGUUUUACACAGAAUUCCAAUUAUGGGACACACUUGACUUCAUCAUCCAUCUUCUGAAGUAAUCUCAGAUCAGAUUGAAUAUUUGUAGAGCCAUUGAGUCUGGUCAUGUGAAUUCCCAAAGAAGUGGGGCUCCGUGACCCUUAUCCAUUACAAGAUCACUUGAGUAACGAGAAAGAAAGGCGGUGAGAGAGUGGGCUGUCCUGUUUGACCUCAGGUUGUGUGUGUGUGUGUGUGUGUACACUACUGCCUUGGUGUAAUUGCUCAGCCUUGGGUUUGGCCUCAGUGUUUUGCCUGCGCUAGUGCAACAUCAGCAGUCUGAGUCCCCCCCCACCCCCCCAGCCUAGUCACACCACUCCCCCUCAGUUUGCCACACAGCCGGUGCAGUGCUGGGCACACACACACACACACACACACACACACAGAUCCUCUGACUGUGUGUCGGGGAUGUAGAGCUCUGGUUUCAGUCAGUCUGCAGGCAGCUAGCACAGCUGUUGGCUCUGAGUUUCUUGUUUGCAUGCGGUGGCUGCCGCCUGGCUGGGGCCCCUGGCAAAGCUGAUAUCAGCUUCUCAGGUAGGUGGAACAAAGCUAAUGACAAACAAGAUACAGAAUCAGUCUGCUCUUUUGCCUUGCUGACCGCUCGACUGGGGUCAGAGAGUAGUGCAGGGACUGGUGAGUGAAUGCAGGGAAGCUGGUCUGUGUACAUCAUUCUGUUGGCUGGGUUUUUAUCAUGUGACAAAGGGGAAUGAGAAAAGGUGGCACGCAAACAGCUCAGUAUUUGCAUCAGUAAUGUUGGUUAGAUACUCCUCCUCAGUGUACUUUGUGAGAUGUUCACGCCACACUCAUGUAUACUUGUUUGUUUGUGCUGCAGUUUGCUGGUUUUACGAUACAUUUGACAAGAGUUUUGAUUGAAGCUUACAAAUCAGCUCCUUUUCUUUGCACAUGUGUAGAGUAUGUUGCUAAAAGCGAAGAAUGCAUUUAUAGUCAGCCUCUGCUAAAGACAGGGAAUUAGUGGAGAGAUUAGAUGCCUCACAGAGAGAUAGGAACCUCUGCUGAGGGGGUCAUUAGUGAUGGGGAUUGCAUUUCUGCCCAGUUCAUUCAGUUCUCAUUUUCUUCUAGUGCCAUGUCUGUUCCUUCCCAUUAGCACGGUUUUUACUUUUAGUCAUUUUUGGCCCUUUCUCAGCUCAUUUCAUGGGGGUUUACCCAUUUUAAUGAAGCGCACAGUGACACGUAGCCGAAAGGAGAAUUCCUUCAAUCCCUCAGGAAACCGUCUGAGAGGAAACAGCUGCUGCGGCCUCCAUAUUGUUGCCGCUCUGUGGAUUUGUCAUUUCCUGUUGAGCCAGUCGAUAUGAGUAGGAAAAGUCCCAACUCUAACGGCAGACCUCUUUUGUGCUCCCCUCAACAGAAAUCCAGGAUGAAGACAUGAGGAGGAGAGGACACGCGGUGGAUCAGGGUUUCAACCUCACCUUAACUUUGGAAUGUUUGCCCCCUUAUGAAAUAAACGAAGCAUAUCCUUUCAGGGAGAGGGGGGCACAGAGGAAGUAGGACAGUGGAACAAAGGAAGUUGGACUUGCUAGCUAGGUACUCCAGCCUGUGGCCAUGACUGAGCCCAUGGUCCCCAGUGGCAGCAGCAGUGCUGGCCUGACAUGGGCAAAGAUGUGCAAGGAGUGUGGCCAGCAGCACGAGGGGGGCCACGAGAACCACCUGUACGAGUACCAGGAUGAGGUAGAUGACGAGCUGGUGUGCCACAUCUGUCUGCAGCCCCUGCUGCAGCCCAUGGACACGCCGUGCGGACACACCUACUGCUUCCAGUGCCUCAGCAGCUUCCUGAAGGAGCAGGACUUCUGUCCCGUGGACCGCCAGCAGCUGCAGCUUCACCAGUGCCGGCCCUCCAGCCUGCUGGUCAGGAACCUGCUGGACAAGCUGACCGUGCUCUGCCCACACCAAGCUGAGUGCCAGCAGCAGAUGCAGCGCUGCGAGCUGCAGCCCCACCUGCACAACAGGUAAAGAGGGUUAUGGCCGGGGCACCGGGGUGAUGGGCCGGGGAAGAGGGAGAUGGAGAUGGGAAAGUUUAGUUGAGCUUAAAAUGUCUGCUUUGCAACAAGAGUAAGUAAGCCAAAAUAGUACCUGUCUGUUUGCUGUAGUUUAUAUUUGGCUGGUCUAUUUAUUUUCCUAUGCCUGAAUUUAGCAAUACAUUUUGAGUUAAUGGGUCAAAUGUUAACCUAACAUGGAUUCACAGAACAUAAGUCAAUCAGGUUUAGAGUCUCCCAUGAAAUAGCUUUUAUUACAUAGUGCCUGGACUCAAAGGAGAGGUUCAGUCUCAAAUGUCAUAUCCCCGAGAUCUUUGUAAUUUGUGGAUUAGCCUUCCCUUUCCUCACGUGGCCAAUGUGGUAUGGUGCUUAUCGUCUUAGUGGUUAGCUAGCAGCUAUGACGCAGUCAGUAGUGGGUAAAGGUUAUGUUGUGAUAGCUGGUCAUGCUGCUGCCAUCCGUCCAGUGCAAACAGACAGGAGGCAGAGUUCAGACAGCAGGACCAGCAGCAGUAGCUCUCUCUCUGACUUAAUCACACUCGACCUGUCCCCCCCUCAGUCUCCCUGCAAUGCAGUAAAAAAGCCUCCUCAUCUGCAUAGCUCUUCUCCUCUUCUCAUAGUCUCACUCUCUCUGACUCCCUCACCAGUCACUCAAUCUAUUCAUUCCCAUUUCCCACACCUCUAGCUUUUUAGAAUUUUCCUCCUCCUCACUGAAACAAAUGAAUGAACAUUGAUCGAACUCCCUUUUUUGCUGGUCACACAGAAUCUAAAGAAAUGUAGGUGGUGUGUGCUCACUCACGAUAUUUUAGGUUACCUUCAUGGACAGCUUUGGAUGAAUGUCAUGAGGGUUAAUUAAAAGGAGGAUUGUUGAUCUAACUCUCUCACUCUUUUCCUCUCUCUCCUUCUUUCUCCCUCUCCUCCCUCUUUCAGAUGUCCUGUUUUCAGAAGGCUGAGGGAGGAGGCAGAGAGGAGGAAGAGACCCCCCUGGAAUGAGCUUAAGGGGAACAGGGGUGAGGGGGAGUCGGGCGUUGAUACCAAACACACCCGUACCCCCACCCGGGGCGUCCUGCCCGAGCCUGGCCUCAUCAACCCUGCCUUCGAAGAGAGUGAGGACGGUAAGAUGUCACACGUCACUCACGUCCUACUCCGCCCGCAACACAAACCAGAUAGACGUCACACUAACGUCACUAUGUCUGAAGUCUGAUUAUAGGUGGAUGAUAAUGAUAGUCUGUCAGUCUAAGUGAAUAGCAGUGAGCUCCCAUUGAAAAAAGACGAUACUUUUUAAGAAUGGGAAAGCACCCGGGGAAAGGACGGGACAGGAAACAGUCUGUCAGCUGUGUUAACUUUAGGGAAAACCCAAAGCCCCUUUGAUGUGGCCAUCCCUGGCAAGAGCGUUGCCAGACCUGGAGAAGAGGAGUGCUGAUCAUUUAGCUGGGGGCUUAGGAUUUCAGACACUCAGGCCAAAACCUCGUCUGAACCUUCAGAACGUGUAUCAACCAGAUAUGGAAACCAUGUGUUUGACUCCGUUCCUUUCAUUCUAGUCCAGCCAUUACAAUGAGCCUGUCCUCCUAUAGCUCCUCCCACCAGCCUCCUCUGGUAUCAACCUAACCUCUGUCUGGUCUAGACUUAGAACCCCUCCUGACAUUUUGUAAUCCAGUACUGUGGAACAAAGUCCAUCAAAACAAAGUUACCUGGCAAUACUGGUGAUUGUUAUCACAGAAAUGAUUAGCUCAUCAUGAGUGAUUCUUGGGGAAUAGGUUGCCACUCGCCCUACAUGAAUCAGAACCAGGGGUGUGUGUUGGCAUUGCACACACAAUAACAGGCAACCAUGGACCAUUGAUAUAUGUUUGAGCAUAUAUGAAUCUCGGUGUGUGUGUGUGCGCGCGUCAGGUUGUUUGUCUCUGUUUAUGUAAACAUGUACCUCCAAAAUCAUCAUGCCCUUGUCUGCCCCCUUCUCUCCCCCCACAGAGACCCCCCUGCGGUCCAGCCUGGUGGCCGAGGCCAAUGUGGUGGAGAUGUUUCGGGAAGAGCAGGAGUUGGGCCUGCGUAUUGUGGGAGGAAAGGACACGCCCCUGGGGAACAUAGUCAUCCAGGAGAUCAUCCGUGACUCACUGGCGGCCCGUGACGGCAGGCUGGCCCCAGGGGACCACAUUCUGGAGGUGAGACAGGUUCUUCACUGCAAAUAAUAGAGGGAUAGGUCACCUGAAAAAUAUGUUCAGUCCUCUACCCUCCUUCCCAUCCUCUUAUGUAGCUUUAGUGCUGUAGCCGUAUACUUUCAAAUGACCACCUUGACGAUGGUAAUGGCUGCACUUUGUGAAGAUUGUGCUUUAUGAGAAGCUUUGACCUAUGCAGUCAGGAUAUUCCACACAAACACCCUAUUCCCUUUGGUUCCCAUGAUCCUCAGUAAAUAGAGGCAUUUGUUGGUGGGGAAGCAGAUAUUCGGGAUGAACGGGUCUCUGGCUCCAUGGUAACAGGCGUGGCAGAGCUCUGUUGUCCAAGCAGGCCCAUGAAACACUGUUUCAGGCCGAGCCCCUUCAGGCCGAGCCCCAUCUUCUGGAAGGCCAAAGUUCACAUGAUUGCAGACAGGCUCUGUCUAGUUUUCUUCAAUGUUUUCUUUUUCUUGGACAGAAAGGGCUGAUUAUGACACGUAGUCUAGUGACCUUUUGGCUAUGGUCCUGGUUGUAAAUUAGCCAAAAGGCUAAGCAAGAUGAAAUGCUAGUGGUGAGGGUGUCUGGUGAAGUCUCAACACAUGAGUCCACUCGCUUGAUGGUCUGCGUGCUCCAUGUUGCUCUGUCUGUCUGCGUGCUCCGUGUUGCUUGUCCUAUGUUGCUCUGCAUGUGCUAUUUGUCUGUCUGUAUUGUAAUUGCUUUAAAUAACUUGCCCAGGGACAUUUACUGAAACUUUGAUUUAAUGUGCACUGUUCCUGUAAAAAUCCAAAAUAAACUCAAACCUGGUUUCCAUCCAGAGGGUAGAACUAGGGUACAGAGAUAGUAUAUCUUUGAAAGGGCUUUCACAAAGAUACAGCUUCCUUUCUUCCCACAAUCCUGCUCCCUCUCUCCUCCUUGGAUUUCUCCUCCCCCAGCUGUAUGGCAGGGGUGCCUGAGCCCAUCUCUUCCUCUGGGCUGACCAAUCACACAUUUGGAAUGAAAACACUCAUCUCACCUCUACUGGCUGCCUUGGUAGCAGUAAUACAGUGGGGAAAAAAAGUAUUUAGUCAGCCACCAAUUGUGCAAGUUCUCCCACUUAAAAAGAUGAGAGAGGCCUGUAAUUUUCAUCAUAUGUACACGUCAACUAUGACAGACAAAUUGAGGGAAAAAAAUCCAGAAAAUCACAUUGUAGGAAAAUUGUAGACCUGCACCAGGCUGGGAAGACUGAAUCUCCAAUAGGUAAGCAGCUUGGUUUGAAGAAAUCAACUGUGGGAGCAAUUAUUAGGAAAUGGAAGACAUACAAGACCACUGAUAAUCUCCCUCGAUCUGGGGCUCCACGCAAGAUCUCACCCCGUGGGGUCAAAAUGAUCACAAGAACGGUGAGCAAAAAUCCCAGAACCACACGGGGGGACCUAGUGAAUGACCUGCAGAGAGCUGGGACCAAAGUAACAAAGCCUACCAUCAGUAACACACUACGCCGCCAGGGACUCAAAUCCUGCAGUGCCAGACGUGUCCCCCUGCUUAAGCCAGUACAUGUCCAGGCCCGUCUGAAGUUUGCUAGAGUGCAUUUGGAUGAUCCAGAAGAGGAUUGGGAGAAUGUCAUAUGGUCAGAUGAAACCAAAAUAUAACUUUUUGGUAAAAACUAAACUCGUCGUGUUUGGAGGACAAAGAAUGCUGAGUUGCAUCCAAAGAACACCAUAUCUACUGUGAAGCAUGGGGGUGGAAACAUCAUGCUUUGGGGCUGUUUUUCUGCAAAGGGACCAGGACGACUGAUCCGUGUAAAGGAAAGAAUGAAUGGGGCCAUGUAUCGUGAGAUUUUGAGUGAAAACCUCCUUCCAUCAGCAAGGGCAUUGAAGAUGAAACGUGGCUGGGUCUUUCAGCAUGACAAUGAUCCCAAACACACUGCCCGGGCAACGAAGGAGUGGCUUCGUAAGAAGCAUUUCAAGGUCCUGGAGUGGCCUAGCCAGUCUCCAGAUCUCAACCCCAUAGAAAAUCUUUGGAGGGAGUUGAAAGUCCGUGUUGCCCAGCGACAGCCCCAAGACAUCACUGCUCUAGAGGAGAUCUGCAUGGAGGAAUGGGCCAAAAUACCAGCAACAGUGUGUGAAAACCUUGUGAAGACUUACAGAAAACGUUUGACCUGUGUCAUUGCCAACAAAGGGUAUAUAACAAAGUAUUGAGAAACUUUUGUUAUUGACCAAAUACUUAUUUUCCACCAUAAUUUGCAAAUAAAUUCAUAAAAAAUCCUACAAUGUGAUUCUCAGGAUUUUUUUUUUCUCAUUUUGUCUGUCAUAGUUGACGUGUACCUAUGAUGAAAAUUACAGGCCUCUCUCAUCUUUUUAAGUGGGAGAACUUGCACAAUUGGUGGCUGACUAAAUACUUUUUUUCCCCACUGUAUAACUGCUCACUUUUUGGGGUCCUUUGUGGACAGCUAGUGGCUGUAAAGAGAUAUGUGUGACAGAGCGGAGAUUGAAUUCCUAAUUUGUUGAAAUUGAAUCCCUCGCUUCCCCCUGAGUCGAUGUAUUGAUUUUAAGAAGGGCUUCUCUCAGAUUAGGUUUGUAAAGCUGGAAUUGGUCUAAAAUGGGUCCAAUUAUUUACACCUACUCUACCAAAGGUCGAUACAAUGCCUCAAUACAAUGCAUCAAUACAAUGCAUCGACCAACAUGAGUCGAGGUACCUGUGGUUUUUGGCUGUACAUGUCAAAGAUGGAGGCACAGCUCUUACUCUUUUCAAAGUUGUAUGUCUACUUCUAUUGAUUUUCUUAUUGUUAAAAACGGUGAUUCCAUGAGGCCAAACAAUCAAUACCAGUUUAAAAGGAACUAGAGUUACACCUCCAUCCUAUGAUGUAUUGUUCUACAUAAUUAUAUCUUGAUCAGGAGAAAGUAUUUUAAUUUGGCUAUCCAUCAAGGCAGGGACCAGUCACUUCCCACAGCUGUCAAUACUCUGUGUAUAUUUAGUCCACCUGCAGUGUUCCAGAGGGCUGCUGUAUCAUUGACAGUGUUGCUGACCGUGUGGUGUUGUGUUUCUAGGUGAAUGACGUCAGCCUGGCGUCUAUCCCACACGGCCGGGCCAUCUCCGCGCUGCGGCGGCCAUGCCCUCUGCUCAGACUCAUCGUCAUGCAGGAGAAGGGCUUCAACCCCCGUCACCCGCAACGCCCUGGCCUCGAGCACCACACGCCCCCCUCCACCAUCACGGCCACCGCCUCCCCUCCCACUCACAGUCCCCACGGCACCGCUCACAGCCAGGGUACGGUGAUCCAGGUGACGCUGGUGAAGAGGGACCGCUCGGAGCCGCUGGGCAUCAAACUGAUCCGCAAGUCGGACGAGACGGGGAUCUUCAUUCUGGACCUGCUGGCGGGGGGGCUGGCGGCCAAGGACGGGAAACUAUGCAACAAUGACAAGGUGCUGGCAAUCAACGGGCAGGACCUGAGACACGGCACCCCAGAGAGCGCAGCACAGAUCAUACAGGUAUGUCUUCUAUAGUAGACAAGUUACAGCACGGCUAUUCCAUGCAGACCAAAGCACGAGACAUUAUGGAAAUAGGAUUCAUUAUAAUCUCUUACGGAAACAUUGACUUUCAUGUUAGCAGAGGUUCCCAGGGUAUAUUUGCUGGCUGUGUAAUGAAUGUGAGGCCCGAAGUAUGUGUGUGUAUAAUGUGUGUGUCUGCAGGCCAGUGAGGUGCGGGUGAACUUUGUGGUGAUGAGGCAGCCGGAGCCCCAGGAGGAGGGGGGCAGCGGUGGAGCGGGGGAGGGCCGAGUGGCCAGGAGGGCUCCAGAACCCCAGAAUUUCAGACGCCCCUCCACCUACACGAAGGUAAACAAUCUCCUCCCCCGAUGUUUAGAACUUACUACAAACUGCUGUAUAUCUCAGUUAGUGUAUGUUAGUAUGAAAAAUGUAUGCACUCACUAACUGUAAGUCGCUCUGGAUAAGAGCGUCUGCUAAAUGACUCAAAUGUAAUGUAAUGUUAGUGUGUGCACACAUGAUCCUAAAAGCCUGUCAUGUUUACAUAAUGUAAUCAUGGCACCACGAUCGAUCAGUCCCAUCCCAGCCCUCUGUCACCAGUCCAGGCUACCUAGCACGUCCACAGAAGCCAUCCUCACUCAGACAGAGGUGAAAGGGGCCUUGGGAGCAGACCGACACGUGUCCCUGGUCCAGAGAUAAAAGCCCUUCUCUGGGGCCUGCUCACUCCUGAUCAAAAGGCCCAGAGUGCUGCCUCCCUCUGCCGCUGCGGGGCCACUACCACGUUUUGUUUGUUUAUAGCUUCGGGUGGCAGAGGAUCAAAGCCGGUGAUGGUUAGCUUUCACCUGCAGAGCCCAGGCUUUGAGUGUUGCUGGGGGUGAAGGGUUCCCUGCUGGGGGGAGGAAGAGGGAGGGCGCUCCUCCUCCCCUCCCCAGCCCCCUCUGAAGGUUUACAGACUCCAGAGCAAAACAAUAAGGAGCUGUGGAUUUCGACACGUGCACCAGAGAGCCGAGUGUCGAUCCUCUGGGUUUGAGUCCGCAGCUGCAUCUGAGAUGUUGCUGCUUACAUUGGUUUGGACAAGCGGUUUCACGAGGAAUCAAUUAGGUCAAAAGAUCCUUCUCAGUUCUAGGAAAUGGAGAGGGGAAGAUGAUGGGCAGCAUAGCCGAGAAGGAAUGCCGAGUUAGGCAUAUAGUGCUAGUUUUCUUUGAUGGCAGUCUUUUCUAUGAUGACCAGAAAUAAUUCUUAAGAAGUCGUUUUGGUCUUAAGAACAGGAAGUAAAUCUAAAUAGCCUACUGCUCCUCAUCAAUGGAAAGCAAAUGAAGUGUUCUUCCUGGUGUUUCCCAGGAUCCUCCAGGGGGCUUCUCCAGCCAGGAGAAGACGGUGAGUCUGAAGAAGGAUCCAAGACUCUCCCUGGGCAUCACCAUCGCUGGGGGGAGGGACUGCCGCAGUCGCCUGCCCGUCUACAUCACCAGUGUCCAGCCUGUCGGCUGCCUACACCGAGACGGCACUAUCAAAAAAGGUACACUUGGGAUAAAUGCUUUCAUACAACCACCAAACCAGUGACCAUUAUCAGUCAUGGUUUUGAUAGGACAUUACCGUUUUCAUUCCAUACGUUGACCCCAUGUAGCAUGGCUAAUGUUCAGAUUUAAAUGCCUAAGGGGAUAAUUCUGUUAGUGAAGGGGUAGACAAUGCAUACCUCUUGCACAUUUAACGGGAAGACCUUUUGAAGUAAGGCCAGCUUUGCAUGCAGAGGCUAGGUUUUCUUGACAUGGUUCUGGUUUCUGUUGCCCAGGGGAUGUCCUGCUGAGCAUCAACGGCGUGGAUCUGACCCAGCUGACCUACAAUGAGGCGGUGUCGGUGCUGAAGGCUCAGACGGCUCAGGCCCAAGUGGUCCUCAGGGUCAUCCAGACCAUCUCAGAGGAGCCAGAGGACGAGGGGGAGGCCACCAAGGAUGCCAUGGAAUCUGUGGAGAACCCAAGGGAGGAUGACGCCAACUGGGCCCCACAGUGGACCCGCUGGCUGGGCCUGCCCAGGUAAGCACACACACUAAUCAUUGGUUGGAAAAUAACUCGCCUCAAGUUUGCAUGACCUCAACUUUGCAUUCCUUCAAAUCCAUCUGUGUCAUGAGUACAGCUAGUCUGUUGCAUCGGAAAAGUACCCUAUCACUUGUUUCAGGCGGCCAUUUAAAACAUGGAGGUCUUACAUUUGUGCUUAUGAAAUCACACAGACACUUUUGAGUGUAACUUCCUCUCCUCUUCCUUACAGUCACAUGCACUGGUGCCGUGACAUUGUGUUGCUGAAGACCAAUCAGGAGAGCUGGGGCUUCAGCAUUGUGGGCGGCUACGAGGAGAGCCAUGGACAGCAGCCCUUCUUCAUCAAGACCAUCGUGCCUGGUACACCCACCCACCUCGACGGACGCCUCAAGUGAGUUGCUUCACACUGGCAGUGCUAGUUUAUUAUCAUAAACCUCAGUGAGAAAACACAUGUGGUUACUAUCUGGGAGGUUGAAGAAGUGUAGGAGCAGUGAGAAGGGGGUUAUGUUUUGGUAAGUCUGCCCUGUUCUUUGAUAAGGCAUGUACUCCCUUUUGUGCAAACUUGCCUCCCCAAGGACAGGAUUUAACAGAAAUACCUGGUGUUACCAUUUAAUUAAACUGAGAGCAGAGAUGGAGCCAGCCUGGUAUCCAGUGCUCAUUAGAUGUGAUUCCCCUGUAGAAGGCCAUCAUAUUUAGACCUUACUGCACAGCUGUUAGGAGAAUGAUUAUGGUGGAGGGUAGGUCAUUGUGUUACAUGUAUUGUGCCCAUCUCUGUGCCCCAUGUUUACGGACUGUCCCUCUGUGUUGUCUCCAGGUGUGGUGAUGAGAUUGUAGCUGUGAACGGAGCCACCACGGUGGGCAUGAACAACUCAUCCCUCAUACCCAUGCUCAAGCUGCAGAAGAAUAAAGUCACACUGACUGUGGUGUCCUGGCCGGGGAGCCUGGUGUAGAUACACACACACACACACACACACACUCUGCCUUACUCCUGUCUCCACUGACUGUGGUGUCCUGGCCGGGGAGCCUGGUGUAGAUACACACACACACAAAGAUACACACACACACACACACACACACAGACGCACACCCUGCCUUGCUCCUGUCUCCACUGAGCCUCUUGUCAUCUCUGCACACAACACCCUAGAAUCUCAUUUGUGACAUUCUUGGAAAGAUGGUUACUUCUCCGAUUUAUUGUUAAUUUCACUAGAUAAUCUCUUCUGAUGUGGAUUGUAAUAUAGAUUGUCAAUUUGCACAUUGCUCUAGCUGACUAGUGUGACUGAAUUUCACAUUUGAUUUGUUUCACUGCUUUGGUUAUUGUUGUUGUUACUCAAAAGGGCCAUUGAUUGUCUGGCUGAACAAAUUGGGUUUAUCAGGGUGAAGGAUGAAUUGACAAUCAAUGAACUAUUAAAAGUUGGAAUCCUUAAUGGU